AUGGAGUACAAAGGAAUCUCAGCCAUGGUGAGAAAGUUGUGAGUUGUCUUGAUGCCUCCGUCUCUCCUCUCAUCUCCCACAGCUCACGACAUUGUCAUUGUAAUGUGCUCUCUCUUGCGUGAGACAAAACUCUCAUCUUAAUUGAUUAAAAGGAGUAGGGAGGGAGAAGAGGGGGCCUGCAUAAAUCAGACAAAGAGAACUGUCAAAGACCACUGGCCAUGGAGUGGAAUAUGAAACAGACCUGUGUGAUGAAUGAUCUCAGAUGGAAGAUCAUGACAUGUGCUAUAAUUAAUCAUUUUGGUCAUGGAUUUAACUCUUAGGACAUCUUUGGAUGAGAACUUGUUUAAGCUGUGAUACUGACACACGCAUACACCGUACCUGGGCAACUUUUCAAGUACUCAAGGUAGUUGAAUAUAGUUUAUAUAGAGUUUCAACUGAUAUUCAAAUACAGGUCUCUGAAAAACAUAUAAGACUUGAAAAUAUUUUGAGUACCUCUCAGAAAACCAAAUAAUAUUUGAAGGUAUUUGAAUAUAUGCAAGUUAUUUGAAAACCAAAAAAUAUUUAUUUGAUGGCUGCCAAAUAUUUGAUGAAGAGACAAACAGAGUAGACCACUUUUGCAGCUUUAAAAUGGCUAACACAAAUAUGUUCAUAAUGAGUGAGACACAAGGUAAUACAGUAACACUUGACAUCAAGAUCUUUGGAAAUUGCUUUAUAAUUGCAUAAUAAUGGAGUUAUUACAUAAGUGGAAUAAGGAACAGUCACUAUUCCUCUUGUGUACAGUAGUUACAAAAACGGUCAGCUCAUUGCUAUGCAAUUAAAAUGCAAUUACCAAAGUGUUAUGUAACAUGAAAAUAAAAAGUAACAAAAUAUGGCUGUUAAAUAUGCACUAAGCAGAAAUCGCUCCGCUAUUUCCUGGUUGCUAAAAUUCUAAUAGUUCACCUAAUUUCAGUUUAUGUGACAAAACCAGCAAGUGUAGUGUAGAGCCCUCAAACUCAACUCUGGGUCUUGAAGCCAGUUCCACUGCAUUUUUUAAUUGUUCCCCUCUAAUCAGGGAUUGAUUUAGACCUGGGACACCAGGUGUGUGCAAUUAAUUAUCAGGUAGAACAGAAAACCAGCAGGCUCCGGACCUCGUAGGGUAACAGUUGAGUACCCCUGGUGUAGAGAAUCAUUGUACUAUCUAAACCGCCGUGAAAUAUAUUUUCCAUAACCCAAAAUAUUGUGUUUUCAGCUGUUUGAAGCUGGUGUAAAAAAACGCAGAAACCUGAACAGCUACAGCCAGGGUAGGUGGAAAAUCAUGUUAGUUUGUAUUCUGUGUAAACUAUCCCUUUAAAGAUGGUAUAUUGUGUGUUUGAUACAAGAACACUUACCAUCAGAUGGACAAAAAGGUAAAGAAGUUGUUUUUGCUAAGCAUCCAACUUGCUGUUUGCAAAUGGCUUUGAAUUACUCUGCAGUAUUUUCAGGUGUCAUAAAAUUAAUAGCAGCUUUCAACCUUUUCAGUGGCAUGUUGAAAGAGUCAUACAGUAAUUGAGCGUCACAACUUUAUUUAUACUUAUCUGUACAAAAUAUCAUUGGUUAAUUGGUUUGACUUGAUUAUCUACUUGAUUACCUGGGGCAAUAGACAUUCAGGAGAAUGGACAUUUACAAAAUGUUCAGAUAGAAAUGUAUUGUGUAGAUCAAAUAUGACUGUCAGAUUGGAAUAGUACAGGAGAUUGUGUGUUCUAUUCAUUCUAUUUCUAUCUUCAACAUGCAGUUACAGCCCUGAUACAGCCCUGCCAUUAGUUGAAGGCAUCCAAUCUAAUAGUUUCAGAAAAGUAAUCACUUCCUGAGAUCUGUAUUCAAAUAUAUAUUUUUUAAGUAGUUGCUUUCUAAGAUCUGUAUUCAAAUAGGUUUUAAAAGGUCAUCACUUUCAAAUAUUAAAGUAGUAAUUAAACUUUAUUCCCCCGGGAAAAUGUAUUGCUUUCCAAAAGCAUAGUUAAAACUAUAGUUGUUCCAGGUCUGACACACGCACGCACGCACACAGUGAAAAAAAAGAUCUGCCUAUGUGCCCUUGAGCAAGGCAUUUAACCCUAAUUGCUCCCGGGGCGCUGUAGAAUAGUGACCCUGGCCGUGAUCCUACUCCCUGCGGGUGUCUCAGGGGGAGUUGGGAUAUGCAAGAAACACAUUUCCAUUGCACACUUGUUUGUAACAGGACAAAUAUAAGAACCACCCCAAAUAAUAAUAAUUAUUAUUAUUAUUACACACACACACACACACACACACACACACACACACCUGUCUGUCACAUAAAUUAAAGAGCUGUCAUACUUCUGUCCCACUGUGUCUUUUAGCAGGGGAACUCUGUUGCUGGGACAAUGAGCCAUGGGGUGAAUGAUAACUCUCUGGGAGGUCAACUUCUGAUUAGCUAGCAAUUAUUUAUCCUUUCUGGAAACACAAAGGCAUAAUAGUUGUUCAUAAAGCCAAGCCACCAUAUUAAAUGUAUCUCUGGUCUCAUUAAUUGAUAAGAAAAUCCAUUGGGAUUACUUUCAUACUAAUUUCUAAAGACAAAUGUGUCCAUAAUCGUCCGUCUCAAUUGAGACCAAGAGAGUCAAAUGAGAAUUAGGCCUAACCUUUUUAGAUUAGGCUAUUUUGUUUCUGUGAAAUAAGUCUAAUCUCUUCUGUCUGGGUGUUAUUACUGAGUUGGUGUGUGACUUAAGCUCCUUUCACAGAUAAGUUAUUUGGCAGUUAAACAGACUGAACAGUAGUAGCUUUAUGUAGGCCUAUUGUUUGCCUAUUGUUUGUCCCAUGUCACUCAUCGUUACAUUCAUUGCAUGGAAAACUGCUUGGGAUCUGAUGGGUCUAAUUUGACUAUUUGCAAAUAUGUUUCAAUGAUGGCCUAUGCCUUAUUUCUAUAUACUGCAGGCUACUCUAAGUUUAGAUGCUGUAUGUUUUAGAUCAGGGUUCCCAAACUGUGUGUGUUGCUUCCAGAGGCAGUUUGGAACGUUGAAAGUCACUUAGCUCCUCAGUAAGGCCAUUCUACUUCCAAUGUUUGUCUAUGGAGGUUGCAUGGCUGUGUGCUUGAUUUUAUACACCUGUCAGCAACAGGUGUGGCUGAAAUAGCCAAAUCCACUAAUUUGAAGGGGUGUCCACAUACGUUUGGCCAUGUAGUGUAUGUAAUCAUAUACAAAUGUAAGCAAGGUUUGAAAUUAUUAUCUUUUAGUCAAAAAUAUCAGUUUGGGCUUCUUGCAGUCAAUUUGCAGUCUACAAAUUAUUUGUAAUUAUUGCACUCACACAGGCGAUGCUACACCUGGUCAGAGACAUGUACAUGUUAGCGUAGUUAAGGGAACUAUAUACCUGCUUUGUGUUUAGGACCGAGCAGGGCAGCUCACCUUUCUCUGGCUUCGGUUACACAAAUACUGGAGCAGAUGGGAGAGAGAGAGCGAGAGACAGAAUACGGCAUAACUGCCCUUCCAUAGAGAAGGAAAGGUUUUGGAGAAUCACAUGUGAAUUAAAGUCUGUGUAUUACGUAGUGUACUGUUGUUAAAUAAUCAAAUGGGUUUGAACCCAAAUCCUCUGAACCCUAUUGAGGCCUCCAGCCCACCACCACUGUCCUGUCUGUAGACAGAUGUCUCAACGCAACGACUGUGUUUGGUGUCUGUGACUUUGGGUGGUUGUGGUUUUGGCCUGCUCUUAGCCUCUAUCCCGGACCCUUGGCAUUCCAGCCAUUCCCCUGCUACUUGGGAAAAGUGUGUGUCCCUCUAGCACCGUAUUUAUAGUGUUGAGGAGCAGCUGCUUGCCUGUCUGGACAGCCUCCACAACAGAUCCACUGUUGACAUCAAAGUGGGUGCUUCAAGGUAUGGGCUAUUUUUAAUGCUGCCUCAGUUAGCCUAACGCACCUGUUAUGUGAUAACUUUGUUAGUGUUAUAUGUAGGGAGGGAAUCCCGUCUUUGAAACAAGCACGGCUCCUGGUUUUUCUUUACAUGUGUGGUAUUGGCUUGCUUAUGCCAGUCUUGUAGAAAAUAAAGACAUCUGCACCAGGCUGCUAAGGUGCAGGGGGGAGGGGGGGUGAAAUGAAGAAAGGCUUUGGGUCUAUGCAAAUUCAGAUGUAUUCUAUUGUAGCACAAUAAAUCUAAAAUGUGCAUUGACCCUGUGGGAAGAAAUAGCAUUUUUGAAGAACCACUCAGCUUGCCCUGUCUGCCUUCCUCUGAAAGCUGGAGGAAGAAUACAUAGAUUUUUGUUUCUUCAAACCAGUGUCAUGGUUGCUUGUGGUUCCCCGCCAACAAGAGAAACAAGAAAAACAUCCACAGUACUAAAGGUCAUGGAAGAAAACAAAAUGAUUUGCUUGUGUCAUCACCUCCUCCCAGGAAUGCUUCUGGUGGAGAGAUAGACAUUUCUGUUUUCUCCAACCAUAUGUCAAGCUUGGUUCUGGUUUCUUAACAACAAGAGAAGCGUCCACAUCCACAAUAUUUUUUAUUUUAUUUCACCUUUAUUUAACCAGGUCAGCCAGUAGAGAACAAGUUCUCAUUUACAACUGCGACCUGGCCAAGAUAAAGCCAUGAUGAAAGAAAACAGUAUUCGUUUUGUUUGUGUUCAUCUUUCACCUCCUUUAUACCUUUAACAAUCCAUGUUACUAUGCUCCAAGGACCUCAAGCAAUAAGUAACAGAGAGAAGUGUUGACAUAAUUUUUAUAUGAAAUAAAUAUAAAAAAUAAUCACAUCUCCCAUAUUGAAGAAUCUAUAAAGCUCACCCCAUAGAGAUACAGCAUAAUAUAAUUCUGUGGCUCACCCAAGGUGUUUGUGUUUUUGCAGGGGGAGAAGAAUGCAGGUUUUGAUGUGCUGUACCACAACAUGAAGCAUGGUCAGAUUGCUACCAAGGAGCUGGCAGAGUUUGUCCGUGAGAGGUGAGGUGUUGUUUGGGCUGGGACGUGUGGGAGGGGUGGUACAGUAGUGAUGGGAUAUGGGGGAGGAGUGAGAUGUUUCUCAAUUAGUUUUUUCUUUCAACACAUCAGUCCAUUUGAAAAAGUUAGUUUUCAAACGUUCAUUAAGGUUUUGAAGUUUGCCUUUAAAAAUACUGAUUCCAGCAUUCUUACAAGAAAUACAUCUGUGUACAGCAGAUCAUAGUAGACUCCAUAAAGCUUGGGUAGGACAAAUAUUCCAUUCAAAAUGCAAUGCUAAGGCAAGGGAACAGCAAUACUUAUUCAUAAAAAGGUUAAAUGUACCGCUGCUGACUCGGAUCCACAGGGGCGUUUUGUUAUGGUAUCUGGUUCUCUCUUUUACACCUCUGUUUUGCUUGUAAAUGUUUAUGCUCCCAAUUGGGAUGAUGUUGAUUUUAUUAAUAAACUUAUUUCUUUGCUGCCCAAUCUCAACUCACACUAUUUAAUUGAAUUGUGUGGUACACCCAGUCUUGGACCGCUCAAACCCUACAUCAAUAUCUCCCUCAAAAAUGACCAGCGUUUUGUCUGCAUUCAUGAGCCAGGCGGGAUGUGUCGAUCCAUGGAGAUUCCUUUUUCCCAGUAACAAAGAUUUGUCUUUCUUUUCACAUGUGCACCACUCCCCUUCUCCCCUCUGUUAAGAAAGUAGAAUACUCUGCCAUUGUUAUUAGUGACCAUGCUCCUCUGUCGCUCGACCUCUCAUUCUCAUUGUUGGGUAGAGCAUGGCGCUUGCAACGCCAGGGUUGUGGGUUCGAUUCCCACGGGGGGCAGUAUGAAAAAUGUAUGCACUCACUAACUGUAAGUCGCUCUGGAUAAGAGCGUCUGCUAAAUGACUAAAAUGUAAAUGUAAACUAUACAGAUCGCCCCCCAUGGAGACUUAACUCAUCUUUUCUUUCAAACAAUUAAUUCUGCACCAUUCUAUCGAAUGUAAUUGAUGUCUUUAUUGAGACAAAUAGAACAGAAUCGAUCUCUCCAUCUACACUUUGGGAAAAACUUAAAGUUGUUCUUAGAGGCGAAAUAAUUUCCUAUUCCUGUCUUCUCAAUAAACAACGGAAAAUUAAACAACAACAGCUGAUCAACGCAAUUCUGGAAUUAGACCAACAAUACUCUGCCUCUCCAUCACCAGAACUUUAAAAAAAAAGGCUGAGUCUUCAAACUCAGUACAAUUUACUAUCCACAGAUAAGGCUGAGCAGCAGCUACUCCGCGCACGCGGUUUUGUUUACGAACAUGGAGAAAAGGCUGGUCGACUUCUAGCUCAUCAACUCAAGUGCAAAUCUGCCUCACAGCUGAUCCCUCAUUCACAACACCUCGGGUGUCUUAACAGUUAGUCCUACUGAAAUCAAUAAUAUUUUCAACAAAAAAAAUAGAAUUCUACAAUAGGUUUUCUGCCAAACUGGCCCCCCUCCUGCUUGUGUUUGAAAAUGCCCUGGACCAGGGUGUUUUAUCCCAAACCCUGACAGAGGCGUCGAUCACACUUUUGUUAAAACCCGGCAAAUAUGCAUCUGAGUGUGCUCAUACAGACCGAUCUCCCUUUUAAAUGCAGAUGUAAAAAUAUUAGCGAAAUUGCUUGCCUCUCGAAAAGAAUCCACUAUGACAGACAUCAUAUCAACGGAUCAGAUAGGCUCUGGAUAAGAGCGUCUGCUAAAUGACGUAAAUGUAAAUGUAAAUUAAGGGUUGCCACUCCUUUUCUAACAUUCGACGUCUGCUUAAUGUCAUACACUCUCCUGCAUCUUCGGACGUUCCUGAAGUAGUUAUCGCUUUAGAUGCGGAGAAGGCAUUUGACAGGGUAGAAUGGGAAUAUUUAUUCUCUGUACUGGGAAAAUGUGGCUUUGAUGCAAACUUCAUUUCCUGGGUCCGACUGUUGUACUCAUCACCCAAGGCAUCAGUACUUACAAACAAACUUCGUUCACAGUAUUUCCCAUUAUCAAGGGCCACACACCAGGGAUGUCCAAUGUCCCCUCUGUUAUUUGUCCUGGCGAUGGAACCCAUUUUACAUUUACAGUGAUUUAGCAGACGCUCUUAUCCAGAGCGACUUACAGGAGCAAUUAGGGUUAAGUGCGUUGCUUAAGGGCACAUCGACAGAUUUUUCACCUAGUCGGCUCGGGGAUUAGAACCAGCGACCUUUCGGUUACUGGCACAAGGCUCUUACCCACUAAGCUACCUGCCGCCCUCACCCCUUUCUAUUAUGCUAAAGGACACACCCUCAAUACAUGGUAUCUACAGAUGGGGACUGGAACACAAAGUUUCCUUGUAUGCAGAUUACUUGCUUUUAUAUAUCUCAGACCCUGAAGCGUGUGGACCUACUGCGUAUGUUUGGUGUGUUUUCGGGUUAAAAAUUGAAUUUCUCAAAAAGUGAAUGUUUUCCUAUUCAUUAAAUAGCAUUACAAAUUCCACGGGAUACUAUUCCAUGUCCAAGUCUGGCUUUAAAUAUUUAGGGAUCAGGAUCACCUAUACCUUGUUUUCCCUCCAUGAUGAGAACUUUACUCCCCUGAUUAGCAAACUUAAACUGGACUUUCAGAGAUGGAGUAUUCUCCAUUUUACUUUAGCUGGUAAAGUGAAUUGUAUCAAGAUUAAUGUAUUGCCCAGAUUUCUGUAUUUGUUCCAAUGUCUCCCUCUUUUUUUACCAAAGGCUUUUUUCACUUCAGUGGAUAAGCUUAUAUCUUUUUUUUUAUGGGGCGGUGGGAAUCCAAGAAUACAUAAAGCAUUCCUCCAGAGAGAUAGAACACACCGAGGACUAGCCCUUCCUAACUUUAUGUAUUAUUACUGGGCAGCGAAUAUACAAAUGAUUGUUUACUGGCUUUGUACCCUAGAAACGGACUGGUGUCAAACAGAAGCCAACUCCUAUUUCUCCUCCUCUUUGUCAGCUUUAGUCACCUCCAAUCUCCCUCUUUCAGCUUUGCGCUACACAUCCAAUCCAAUUGUUGUCAAUACUCUUAAAAUUUGGACUCAAUUCCGUCAACAUUUUAAAUUCUGUGAUUUCUCUAUUCAAGGUCCUAUAUGUAAUAAUCACCUCUUCCUUCCAGGCAAACUGGAUUCAGCUUUCAGGCUGUGGCAGCGGAUUGGCCUUACUAAGUUUAAUUAUCUUUAUAUUGAUGGCACCUUUGCCAAUUUCGAAGACCUUUAUCAAAUUGAAUCUACCCCAUUCAAGUUUAUUUUGGUAUUUCCAAAUCCGCCAGUUUAUUCGCACUCAAAGCCCAACCUUUCUAAUUCUAUCACCCGGAUCGGGUCUGGAUGCCCUUUGGAAAACACCUUUUCAACUAAAGGGACUCAUAUCCCGUAUUUUUGAGAUAAUAAUGUCCCUUGAUAACCCGUCACUCAAUAAAAUCCGAUCUGAGUGGGAAAGGGAACUUGGUGGAGAGAUAUCUGAUGAAGUCUGGAAUGGUGCCUUACUUAGGGUAAAUGGAAGCUCCUCUUGUGCCCUGCUCAGCCUUAUACAGUUUAAGGUACUUCACUGUAUCCAUUUCAGUAAGGCCAGAUUGUCCAAAUUCUACCCAAAUAUUGAUGGUACCUGUGACAGGUGUAAAGGCUCCUUGGCAGACUUGACCCACAUGUUCUGGUCCUGUCCCUGUCUGGCAGAUUAUUGGUCCAUUAUAUUUAAAACCCUUUCUGAAGCAUUUGAUAUAAAGUUGCAGCCUAGUGCAGAAAUGGCUAUUUUUGGAGUACCAAACAACAAUCCUUCUCUGACCAAUAGACAGCUGGAUGCCAUUGCCUUUGCCUCCCUGUUAGCCUGCAGAAGGAUUUUAUUGGAUUGGAAAUCUAUCAAUCCUCCAUUAGCCUCUCUUUGGCUCAAAGAUCUGAUGCUGUUCCUAAAAUUAGAAAAAAUUAAGUAUACCAUUCGAGGGUCAACCAACUCAUAUUAUUCCACCUGGUACCCAAUGAUAUCCUAUUUUGACCAGCUGCAAAACACUUCCUCCAGAUUAGUACUCUUGGCCCCACCCCCACCCUUUGAGAUUACUGCUAUAGGCCUAUAAGAUCACUUAAUCACCUGAAAUUGUUAGGCUAUUACAUUUUUGCUUGUAUUGAAGUAACAUUGUUGUACACUUUUGUUUUGUUUUCUAACAUGUACAGUGGGGGAAAAAAGUAUUUAGUCAGCCACCAAUUGUGCAUGUUCUCCCACUUAAAAAGAUGAGAGAGGCCUGUAAUUUUCAUCAUAGGUACACGUCAACUAUGACAGACAAAAUGAGAUUUUUUUUCUCCAGAAAAUCACAUUGUAGGAUUUUUUAUGAAUUUAUUUGCAAAUUAUGGUGGAAAAUAAGUAUUUGGUCAAUAACAAAAGUUUCUCAAUACUUUGUUAUAUACCCUUUGUUGGCAAUGACACAGGUCAAACGUUUUCUGUAAGUCUUCACAAGGUUUUCACACAUUGUUGCUGGUGUUUUGGCCCAUUCCUCCAUGCAGAUCUCCUCUAGAGCAGUGAUGUUUUAGGGCUGUCGCUGGGCAACACGGACUUUCAACUCUCUCCAAAGAUUUUCUAUGGGGUUGAGAUCUGGAGACAGGCUAGGCCACUCCAGGACCUUGAAAUGCUUCUUACGAAGCCACUCCUUCGUUGCCCGGGCGGUGUGUUUGGGAUCAUUGUCAUGCUGAAAGACCCAGCCACGUUUCAUCUUCAAUGCCCUUGCUGAUGAAAGGAGGUUUUCACUCAAAAUCUCACGAUACAUGGCCCCAUUCAUUCUUUCCUUUACACGGAUCAGUCGUCCUGGUCCCUUUGCAGAAAAACAGCCCCAAAGCAUGAUGUUUCCACCCCCAUGCUUCACAGUAGGUAUGGUGUUCUUUGGAUGCAACUCAGCAUUCUUUGUCCUCCAAACACGACGAGUUGAGUUUUUACCAAAAAGUUCUAUUUUGGUUUCAUCUGACCAUAUGACAUUCUCCCAAUCCUCUUCUGGAUCAUCCAAAUGCACUCUAGCAAACUUCAGACGGACCUGGACACGUCUGGCACUGCAGGAUUUGAGUCCCUGGCGGCGUAGUGUGUUACUGAUGGUAGGCUUUGUUACUUUGGUCCCAGCUCUCUGCAGGUCAUUCACUAGGUCCCCCUGUGUGGUGCACAAUUGGUGGCUGACUAAAUACUUUUUUCCCCCACUGUAACUCAAUUACUUUGUGUUUGGAGGCAUUCUGAGGGGGGACAAAAAGGGGAAGAAUGUACAAUGUCUUUACAUUUUAUCUUUCAUUCAUUGUGAAUAAAAAUAUUAUAUAAAGAAUUUUAUCCAAUACAGGAUACAGGGCCUUGCCGUUUCCUUACAUAGUAAUGUCUUUGAUGGAGCCGCUCCUCUCCCCUGUCACCCCUACCCUCUAACCCACACUACUGUGCUGCAUUUGGACAGACCAGCACACAGGAGUGCUAACAGAUGCACACACUCUCACACAAGACAAGACCCAGCCCACAAGACAAGGAGCUCCCUGUCUUACCACACACACACACAUUUGCAGUAGCAGUGUUUUGCAUGUUAUCUGGGCACUCAGCUCAGGUAACAUGCUCAGUCUGAAUAAUCUUCCUUCUCGGUUGUUUUCCCUGCAGUCCUCUGUAUUUAUUCAAUCUCUUAAUGAGUAAAUUAGCUGGAGGUAGAAGACUCAUUGUAGUAUUUAAGCCUGGGACUGUCAGACCAAUGUCAUAAUCUUGACUUUUAUUCAUAAGAUCCGAACCACUGCACAUUCCCCACAGGCGGGAGGAAAUUUGGUUAUCUACGUGGAGACAACAAAGUGGCAGUCAGGAAAUGAAAUGAGACAUUGUAGAGAAGCUGUGUUUCCCCUCAGGACAGACGGAGUAACCCAUUGAGCUGAUUGAUUUCCCACGCUCUUCUCAAUGGGCCUAAAGCUCGCUCUCAAUCUGGAUGGGGAAGUUUGAUGUAUCUAAAAGGUCAAUCUAGGAGUGGUUGAUUAGAAAUGUCAGAUAUUCUAACUUUCUGUAGGCGUAGCUACCCCAGGGUGUACUACUUCUCGAUAUAAUUUAAAAAGGGAUUUCUCUGUUGCCGGAGGCUUGUGAAACUGCAGCGAUUUGUUUUCGAUUUAUUUAUUUCUUUGCUCUUUCCUCGUCUACUUUUGUAAUUUUUCUCCACGGGACUACAGAUGGUUAUUAAAGGUCUAUGUUCCUCCUGCAAAAUGAGACCAUUUAUUAUUCAAAUGUGGGUUUGGGCAACAUUUACACAGUACGGAAGCUAAAUAUUUAUUUCCCUUUGCCUGGCUGUUUUAAGCACUAUGUUUGUUCUUUAUUAUGCUCUGUACAUAAUAAUAUGACGUAUUAUGCUAGUAAGAUAUGCAAUAGUUUUUCUGUGAGCCAGAAGGGUACGAGUGUAGGUUUAGUAGCUCAACUGCAGUUUGAUUUUUUUUUUUAACCUUUAUUUAACUAGGCAAGUCAGUUAAGAACAAAUUCUUAUUUACAAUGACGGCCUACACCGGCCAAACCCGGACGACACUGGGCCAAUUGUGCGCUGCCCUAUGGGACUCCCAAUCACGGCCGAUUGUGAUACAGCCUGGAAUCGAACCAGGGGGUCUGUAGUGACGCCUCAAGCACUGAGAUGCAGUGCCUUAGCCAUGGAUGCAGGAUUUCCAAUGCUGAGACUGUGUAGAAUAUCACUCUGCCUGGUUUGUUACUGGCCAGCCAGGGGCUCAUAGGGAAUGACUCUUAUCUAUCUGUGGGUUCUCAGGGCUGCCAUCGAGGAAACCUACUCCAAGUCCAUGAGCAAACUGGCCAAGAUGGCAAGCAAUGGAAGCCCACUAGGGUGAGUAUAUUAGACAACUGUUGUCAUCAACAUCUCAGUUUAGAGAGCAGUAUUCUUAUCAUAAUGAAAUCAACUGUUCCAUAUGUUGGCAGGCUGCCUACAGGAUGUACAGUAGUUUGUCUGUAUGAUUAGGGUCUAUGAUUCUCUAGGGUCUAUGAUUACUGGGUCAUAGGUCAGGGAUGUGAUCUACUCCAUCAUCCCAGAACUCUCUGUCUUCUUCACUUCCUGUGUGUGUUGUUUUGGGUUGCUUUGGUUUGUUUAACUCUAGAAAUGCACCAUAAAGAUGGACUUUAAUGUCAUAUUACCAUUCAAACAAAAGUCACCUCUGAAAAUGUACACAGUAUACAACAUGCUCUUUUCAUGACAAACUGACCAGGUGAAUCCAGAUGAAAGCUAUGAUCCCUUGUCCACUUCAAUCAGUGUAGAUGAAGGGGAGGAGACAGGUUAAAUAAGGAAUUUUAAGCCUUGAGACAAUUGAGACAUGGAUUGUGUAUGUGUGCCAUUCAGAGGGUGAAUGGGCAAGACAGAAGAUUGAAGUGCCUUUGAACGGGGUAUGGUAGUAGGUGCCAGGCGCACCGGUUUGAGUGUGUUAAGAACUGCAAAGCUGCUGGGUUUUUCACGCUCAACAGUUUCCCGUGUGCAUCAAGAAUGGUCCACCACUCAAAGGACAUCCAGCCAACUUGACACAAUUGUGGGAAGCAUUGGAAGCAACAUGGGCCAGCAUCUCUGUGGAAUGCUUUCGACACUUUGUAGAGUCCAUGCCCCGACUAAUUGAUGCUGUUCUAAGGGCAAAAGGGGGUGGAACUCAAUAUUAGGAAGGUGUUCCUAAUGUUUGUACACUCAGUAUAUGUCAUUAUUAGAUUUAAAAAAGUUGGCCUUAGGACUUUAUAUAAUGUAGGUGACAUAUUGCUGUGUGGCCCUCAGGACGUUUGCUCCUAUGUGGGACGUGUUCCGGGUGUCAUCAGACAAGCUGUCUCUCUGCCACCUAGAGCUGAUGCGCAAGAUGAAUGACCUCAUCCGGGACAUCAACAAGUAUGGUGACGAGCAGGUCAAAGUUCACCGCAAGGUAACAUGAUGAAGCCCCUCUUCUCACCAUAUAUUUCCAUGAUCAUGCCCAAACUAUCCCCCCCAUGAAUCACUCACUAUAUUCUCAUCUAUAACGGCCAAUCUACAAUCAUUUAAUAAUAUGUGCGUGGUUUGUUUCUCACAGACCAAGGAGGAGCAGGUAGGGACCCUGGAGGCGGUUCAGGCGGUUCAGGUCCAAAAUGGAUAUCUCCAGAAGUCCAGGGAGGGCUACCACGCCAAGUGUAUUGAGCUAGACAGACUGAGGAAAGAGGGAGCCCCCCAGAAAGAACUGGAGAAGGUCUGUCCACUAGGCGUCAUUCUGUAUAACUACAGUAGAGCUGUCUUAACUGUUAUAUAACCACAGGGUGCCUACUGUUUAUAAAUGAAUGGUUGCUGGAAGUUUACUGACUACUAAUGGUAGGCUAAGAUAGAUAGUCAAACAAGGUUAUUAUUAUAACAGAUCAUUUGUUCUCACCAGGAUAAAUAAAGGUUUAACUAAUGACUGGAUAAAGGCUAUAAUCAUCCUCUCUCUCCUCUCACUAGGCGGAGCUGAAGUCUAAGAAAGCUGCCGAGUUGUUUGCUGUGUGUAUAGAGAAGUAUAACCGCGUGGGGGGAGACUUUGAGCAGAAGAUGAGCGAAUCAGCUCAGGUCAGUCAGUCCACUGGUCCUGGGGCGGGUUAGACAGACGCCCUGGAGGAACCAGACAUGUUAUAACACUUUGUCCCAAUCCUGCAGUUCCCUUAAAUUAACAUAAACCCCUUUUAUUCACAAUGAACACAUCUCCAUGGCUACCUGCAGUUUCCAAGGAAACCCUUAACAAACCCGAUGAACGUUGCUAUAUUUGGGUAUGAAAUGAUGAUUGGAAUCCUGGUGACCAAUUACCUGUUUAAUAGCUACAAUGGGAGAUAUGUCCCUAAUUAUGAGUGGGGUAGAGAGAGCUCAGUGUGGCUUUAUGAAGACUACAGCCCAGAACAUGACAGGGGGAAAUGACCUGUUCUUUCAAGCCAUUACUCUAGCCCACAUGCAGUGUUGUGAUUAGUACCAGGUUAUUACCUGGGAUGGAAACGAUUAUGCUCCCUGCUCCCCUGCUUUGGUCUGUGCCUGGUUCUAUUCCUUUACAGUUGCCAUGGCUGAUAAGUGCCUUUUGUUUUUGUGUCUUGGGGUUCUUUGGGUUUCAGUUCUUACUACUUAACUGCACAUUGAGGUAGUUUGUGCUAGCAUUUUGUGAUGUUUUGUGGGUAUUUUGAGUAGCGUUUUGGUGUGCUUUGGGGUAGUUUGCUGUAAUUAGGACCGAUCUUGGUGUUUGAACACUGUUGUAUUCCCUUCUUGGGUACAGAAGUUCCAGGACAUUGAGGAGGCCCACCUGAGGCAGAUGAAACAGCUGGUCAAGGGAUACUCCCACUCCAUAGAGGACACCCACGUCCAGGUGGGACAGGUAGGUCACCCAGGCACUGACCCAGGAGGCCACAGGAUGAGUCUGGUUGGAGGGAUUUAACUGCCCUCUCUGAGGGGUUAUCUCCUGCUAUAGUCAAACUUCACAUCCACAACACACACACUCCAAACCCCUCUCUCUCAGGCAUGCUUAUUCUCUCUUCAGACUGUAACGAGCCCCUCUGUCCUCUGUUCAGGUCCAUGAGGAGUUCAAACAGAACGUGGAGAACAUCGGCAUAGAUAACCUCAUCCAGAAGUUUACAGAGCAGAAGAGCACAGGGAAGGACAGACCAGGUAUAUCACACAGACACCAAAAACAGAUGGUUUGAUCCCAGCAUGUGUCCCAUUUGUCCUCACUGUGGUGUGUCCCUAUGUGUGGCAGCCCUGGUGGGGUUUGAGGAGUACAUGACAGCUUUAGUACCGGAGGGGAGUAAGAAGAGUCGAGGAAAAGCCUUCAGGAUUCCUGGACUGGGCAAGAGGGACAAAGAGCCAGACUCAACGUGAGCCCAGACACACACACAAACGGACGAUAAAUCCCAAUUACCCGCACUCUCUUUUGUCAGCUUCAUCUGUGAUAUUAUCUUGUCACUUACAUUCACCUAUGUGUUGCUUUUUGCAGGGAUUCGGCUGUGACGGAGACACCAGUGAGUAUAUGCUAAUUUACACUUGUACACAGUGGCACGAAAACCAUCAAGUCAAUGGCAGUUUAUCCAUGAUCAGUUCUACAUACGUGGUGGUGGUGGUUUAAACAGCACAUCACUUUGCUCCCCCUGCCAACUUACUGACAGACACAUCGACGUGUGUGUGUCACGGUGUGCAUUUGUGCGUGUGUAUGAGCAAGGGAGAGUAGUCAUAUGUGUGACAAUGACGUGUCUGGCAGUGUUGGGUUACCUUGCCUAUUUUUAUCCUUCUGAGAAGGGGCUUUUGAGGUUGGGUGGAGAUCAGUGGGCUGCCAGGACUGUUUUAACAGACAAGUGUCACAUGGGGGGGGGGGUUGUUAUUAAGCAUAUCAAACACUAGGAUCAAGUAUUUAUGUUAGUGUCUGACAUUGCUGGGUAUUCUCUAUUCUGCAUACAGAACUCUCCCCUGGAGGUGGAUGAGGAGGGGUUUGUCAUUCGAGGCGACGUCAAUCAGAAUGAUAUCCUUUCCAGGCAGUGACACUGACUAUCAGAUGAGAGGCUAUCUCUCUACUAUAUUGUAGUAAUAUUUGCCUUUGACAGACCUCUUUAUCGUCAUAAUGAAAACAAGGCUUCCUGCCACUGUGUAAGAGAGUAUUCUGUCUUUAUAAAGCACUCUAGACCUGGGAUCAUCAACUAGAUUCAGCCGUGGGAUGAUUAUUUGCUUGAGCGGAUGGUCGGGGGGCCGGAACAUAAUAACAAAUAAUUUGUAGACUGCAAAUUGACCGCAAGAAGCCCAAACAGAUAUAAUAUUUGACUAAAACGUAAUAAUUUCAAACCUUCCUUACAUUUGUAUAUGAUCCCGUGUCUCUCUAUUAUGCGUGGAAAUACUUGGGAACAGAUUUCCCAAAUUAAAAUAACCUGGAGCUGAUUUCCUGGUGUUUUUACAGUUUUUUAUGUCCAGUUGGGGAACCCUGCUCUAGACCGUCUCCUAUUAGAUUAAUAGAACAUUAGCUAGGUCUCCCUGGCGCCUGGCUGGUAGGAGCGUUGGGCCAGUAACUGAAAGGUUGCUGGAUCAAAUCCCCGAGCUGACAAGGUAAAUAUUGGUCGUUCUGCCCCUGAGCAAGGCAGUUAACCCACUGUUCCCCGGGCGCCGAUGACGUGGAUAUCGAUUAAGGCAGCCCCCCGCACCUUUCUGAUUCAGAGGGGUUGGGUUAAAUGCGAAAGACACAUUUUAGUUGCAUUGUUGUACAACUGACUAGGUAUCCCCUUUUCCCUUGUCCCUUUCCCUAAGGGACAUUUAAAUGGACUGAAAUGCUCUCUCUGUCCUUAGUCCAACUCCAGUCCAUUAUGAGGCUGGGGCGAUGGGGGCCAUGAUAGCAGGCUACCUUGUCAUUCUGUCACUGUCUCCUCAGCAGAGCACAGUUGUUAGACCCAUCAGGCCUUUUAUGUAACGGCCAAAUAUACUGACACUAGAUCUGUUUCUCUCUCGGGCACAACACACCUGUGAACAAACCGACACAAACACACAUGCAUGCAGAUGAACGUGUAAGAACAGGAUGGAGAUAAGGUUGGCUGGAGGUGCAGGAUGUUGUGGUUGUCUGUUUUAUACGCUGUUACCUCUGGUGCACUCCAGCUCUGUGUUUGUCACAGCAGUCCUGUACUCUCUAGUCUACAUGCAUUGAUUUUCUGGCCCCAGAGGGGAUUAAUAAAGCCAUAUAGGAUUAUCCUCAAUAAAAUGCCUGCAGCCUGAGUGAAAACAUUUUUGCAAUAAAGCUCAAGCAAGCCUACAGGAACAUUUUCCACUGCUUUCUAAACUCAUAGAUGGUUGUCACUGUGUCUGUAUAAAUAGGACAAUGGAAACCCUGACACUCCCAAAGUUGUCCUUGGCAAGCUGCAUUAGGCCUUCUUCCCUCCAUUCAAGCCUCUAUCUCAGGUCACUGCUCCUUAACCCAGCUCUCUGUCCUUACGCUGCUCGACGGAGGACAAGGAGAACGACUUCUACUCCAGCGACUCUGACUUUGACGACGAAGAGCCCAAGAAGUUCCACAUCCAGAUCCGUCCGGUGGGCAGCAGCAACUCUGCUGCUACAGAGAUGGAGCUGAAGGCCACUGUGGGAGCACUCACACUGCCCCCCAACAGAGGGGUACGAUGGGAAAAGAAAAGGGGGAAGGAGGGGAUACAGGACCAGAGGGGAAGCAUGGAUGAGGUGAAAUGUGUCGCUAAUUUUCACAUGGUGGUAUCAGAAUAUAAUAAUAUAAUAUGCCAUUCAGCAGACGCUUUUAUCCAAAGCGAAUUACAGUCAUGUGUGCAUAAAUUUUUUACGUAUGGGUGGUCCCGGGGAUCGAACCCACUACCCUGGCGUUACAAGCGCCAUGCUCUACCAAUUGAGCUACAGAGGACCAAUUGAUUGAUUGAUGAAAAAGAGGAGCUCAGAAAUGCUUAUCUGUUUAUUGUGCCAUGUUUGUUUCUCCUGGUAUUAUGUCAUCAUGUUGUUGUAACAUAUAAACAUUCUUCAUUAUUUAGAUGCUUCCAGAAAGUGUAAUUAACACAUCUGCUCUCCCUCUGUUCCAGGUGUCAGUGAAACGUCAUCUCUCCAGUAAGUUCCAUUAAACUCUUGUUGAAAAAUAGUUGGGUUUCUGUCUGUCUCUGUCUGUGUUGUACGUGUACAUUUAUAUGUGGAUGUGGGCGCGCGCACGUUCUCUGAAUCCUUGUCUCCUCCACAGGAAACGGCAGUACUACAGGCUGUUCAGAGGGGGAGGGAGAGGGCGCCCCCCACAGGGGUAAGUGGAGUUAGCACUCUCUCCACACGACUGUUUCUGCAGCAUCAGCAGUCCACUCUCCACUGCCCUGCCUCUUACUUACUUUAUCAUUUCACCACAAUGUAUUCUAUCAGCGUUGAAAGGUCAUAAACGUCCAUUUCAUAUGGUAUUCAUGCACAAGGAUACUAUUACCCAAUCUUUAAUGUUACUACCAGUCUGAAGUGAUGUUGUGAAUGUGAUUUACUGUAUUGCUUCUGGCUAGUCUUAGCAGUGCGUAUCCGUCCAGUAAUACAUCCUAGAGGUGGCUGACCUUGGCUGAAUGACACUGUCUAUUUGUCACACCUCGGUCUGCCUGGAACAUGGUUUAUUAGGAGGGGAAUAGCAGCCUGUGAUGCUACAGUAGGAGGCUAUUUGCGGAGGAGAUGGGAUAAAGCAGGGGAAAUGAGCAGGCAUGAUUAACGAUGAGUGCCUUGAUUAAAACAGUAGCAUAAAGCGCUGGGCUGAUGCUGCUUAGAGAUCCAGGCUAAUGGCUGCUAUUUAUCAUUAUAGAAGAUAAUGGGCAUUCCCUUACGGCACUGCCCUCCAUAAGCACGCUAGUUAAUCACAUCUCCUCCUGAUUGGGACUGAUUGGGGAGCAGUCACGAAUUAAACUUCACUAACUGUGUGUGCGUACACUUUGCAGAGGGAGAGCAGGACGGCCUACGCAGAUCCACCUCAAGUCCGGAUCACAGCAGGUGAGUGAAUGUCAGUCAGUCUCGUCUCUUCUCUCCUCUCUCUGACGUUCAUAGCUGUAGCUGUGAGCUGCAGGGAGAUAGAGAGGUAGAGAGAUGCUGUGGGAGAGGAAGCCAGCCCGAGAUCUGAUGAUUGUGCUGCAUCACUCUGUCAAAUCCUGACAUUAUCUCUGGCUAUGCUUUUUAUUGGCUCCUGGUAAUGCAUAAUCUCCCGCUCUCUUCCCCUCUCUCAUUCCAUCCCACCCUCUAGGUUGAGUACUACUGCAUCACGCUCAGACAGUCUCUUUGGACCUCCUCUGGAGUCGGCCUUUAAGUCUAAAAGCUUUGCUAGUAGAGAGCAGCUACCGAGAGCAGAGAGUGUCUUUGGUGCAUCUGAAUGUAAAUAUAGUUCAUGUUAAUAUGAUAAUAUUAAUAAUAAUUGAAUGAUAAUAUAAUAAUACUAAUAAUAUUAUAUAUUAUUGAUGAAAAUUAGGGACAGAAGUUUUUCCCCAUCACAUAGUCAGUAAAAACUCCUGGUCCUAUGUAUGCAUGUAUGAUACAUACUGUUUCAGAUAGUAGAAUGAUCGUCUGCCCUUGUUCUCUCCAGAUGCUGCCUUCUCCACUGACUCCUCCUCUCCUGAAAACGUAGAGGACUCUGGGCUGGAUUCACCUUCCCAUCAGACCCUGGGCCCCUCCCCUGAGACGGCUGGUUGGGCAGCGUGGCCAUCAGCAGGUCAGAGUAAAGAACCAGCAGGACUGGGCAGGCCAGCAGACCCCUUCCUUACUGCCUUUAGAGACCCCUCCCCAGGACGCAGCACCCACCCCCAGGACGACCCUGCCAGUAUCUGGGCAGCUGCUCCUCGGUCCCCCCGCCCCCCUCCUGACAUGGACCUCUCGGCCCUCCGCUUCCCGGUCUUCUCCCAGUCCCUGGCCCCUCCAGAGCCGGACCCGGCCCUGUGGAGCUGUAAACACAUCCCUCCUGAGGACCCCUUUCUGGCCGCCUUUGAGAGGACCAUCACCCAAGAGACCCUGCCCCCCCCUGACGCCUGGGCCCCCCCACCCCCGCGCCCCUCCAGAGACGGGAGGGGGAUAGAGGUACGGAGCGAUCCCUUUGCCAUCUCCCUAAGUGACAGUAAAACCCUCCCCACCCCCUCCUCCUCCUUUUGCAAGGACAUGGACAGGAAACGAGACCGUAGCGUCCCGCCCCCAGAAUCACCUGACGACCCAUUCGCCAUCACUAUGAUUGGCAGCCCCACCCACCAGUCAGCCCUGGCUGCUGCGACAGGGGUCCUGACCCACAGUGUCAGCAGUAGUUGGCUGACCUCCAACUCCCUCCCCUUAUCCCAGCCGAAGAAGGAGCUGGUCCACUGGAACUCUGUCCACAACCCCUUCAGUGAGGGGACCUCUGCUGCGUCUCUGGCCCUGGGUGGAGUGGUGAAUGAGGGAGGGAGGAAGCAGCGCGAGUCACGCAGUGAAAGCGAGCCACGCAGGAGUGGCCUGCCUCUCACACUGCAUUCUGGGCCACAGGAGGACCUGUGCUUCUCUUCUGACAAAGACCAAAACUGUCUGGACCUGAACGCACCACAGCAAUCCUGCAACAUGGGCUCACACAAAGGUACAAAUGUUACACACUGCACUACUGGGCUCAAAUGUCUAUGCACUAGCUAUAUUUUGAGAUUGUAUCUUUAAAAAAAUAUAUAUUUCCCCAAAUAUAUUUCACACUAUUCAAAACGCCACACAGUCUUUUAGACUACUUCCUCUUGUCUUACAGGUUGUAAUAUUGGUCUUUCCUCUCUCCUUCCUCUCCAGGUUUGAAGCAUAGCUUCAGGCAGCACAGUGCAGAGCUGCUGGUGGCAGCUCCUCCCAGACCAGCCAGAGCCAAGAGGUCCUCAGGCAGACUGAGUGGCUGUGAGAGAGUGAGUGUCCUCAGGGAAAUCAACCUGACUACAGCAGCUCCGGUCUGGUCUCACUCACAGACCUGUGGCUUUUACAGCUAUAAGUCUGACAAGCAAGGCUAGAACAGUAGUCCUGUUCAUUCUUCCAAACAUGAUUGAUGACUGUAGAAAAAAAAAGUUACAACUAAAAUAUGUUUCUGAUUGAGCUGAGCAGAGAAAAUGUUCAGUGAAGGGGGUAUGUUCUGAACGAUGACAUUCUCCACACAUCCUCUCUGGUUCCUCCACACUGUAACCCUUAUUUAUCCCUGUUGUGUUUCAGUCCAGGUCAGUGUGCUCAUCUCCUCUGCCGGACCCCAGCCCAGACUUCACCUCAUCCUCUUCCUCCAGCCCCAGUGAGUGGGGGGCCCAGACCCGCACCACCAGCCCUGCCAGAGGUGGGCUGCCCUCCCCCCUCUCACACCUGCACCAAGACCACACACGCCUACACAGUUAGUCUGAACACAACCAUUUUCAUACCAAUAUUUUAAAGAUGCUCAAUAGCAUAAAGCACUUAUGAAUAAGGACAUUGUGCUUUGAACUUGUGUCUUAGACAUGGCUAUUUUUCCCACAGUGCAUCUGUCUCGCGGGCCGAGCCCGAUCUCCCUGAGCACCCAAGAGUCCUGGCCUGUGGCUGCAGCCAUCACAGAAUACAUCAACGCUUACUUCAAAGGUGGACAGCAUAACCGGUCAGUAUACAUAAGCUCUCUCUACACCAGAUCCAAUGUUAUUACCUUUUAUACACGGGCCUGCUGAAGGCGAAGCGUGUUUCUCUUCUCUCUUCUCCAGGUGUCUGGUGAAGAUCACAGGCGAUCUCACCAUGUCUUUUCCUGCUGGAAUCACUCGUAUCUUCACUGCUAACCCCAACACCCCGGUCCUCAGCUUUCGAUUGGUCAACAUCUCCCGGGUUGACCACUUUCUGCCCAAUCAGAAGCUGCUCUACAGGUAGAUUAAUAUGGGCUAUGGGAUUGGUUGUGGUGUUAUGAUAUAUAGACAGAUUGCUGAAAUGGUAGGAUAUAUCUCAUUCUCCUGAGUGUGUUAUUCUCCACAGUGACCCCUCUCAGAGUGACCCAGACACCAGGGACUUCUGGUUCAACAUGCAGGCACUGAACCUUUACCUGCAGAGAGAGGCGGAGCUCAACCCCCAGGCGUCCUACUAUAACGUGGCCCUACUCAAGUACCAGGUGAGUGAGUGAAGUACAGUGGAACUCUCUUACCCUCUGUCAUCUGAAGUUUCAAGUAUUCCUCAAGAAACACAUUUUCCCUUAUCUUCCAAAUGACAGCAUUGUCCUAACAUCAACAACCUCUCCCAACUCUGUUGUUUUUUUCUCAUUCCUUCCUUCCUUCUCUCCUUUCUCUCUCUCCCUCCCUCCCUCCCUCCCUUCUCAGGUGUCGUCCCAGGACCCUGGUCGCGCUCCCCUCCUGUUGUCAGCAGAGUGCCAGCGGAGUGGCACAGUGACCCGUGUGUCCCUGGACUACCACUGCUGCCCGGCCACCGCCCCCUCCACCCAGCUCACUGCUGUGCAGGUGCUGCUACCCCUCGACCACACCGCCACAGACCUGCAGUGCCAGCCCCCCGCAUCCUGGUGAGCAGUGGGAGGUGGGAAUGGAAGGAGGGAUGAAAGGAUAGAGGGAAGGAGAAAGGAUGAAUGGGUGGGGAGUGGGAGGAGAUAUGGAAAGGGAAGGAAGGGAGGCAGAGAGAUGAAGGGUGGAUGAAUGGGGAGAACAGGAGAAUGGGCGGAUGGUAGAAGGUCAAGGGAAAGGGUGUGGAUACUUUAGACUGGGUGGGCCUCACUGACCUUUUGUUGUCUACCUUCACAGGAAUACUGAGGAACGACGGCUACUGUGGAAACUACCCAACCUCUCCCCCACCAACCAAAGCAAAGGUUACUGACCUGUCAACAGUACACCCAUCUCACUUAAUGGCCACAUAUCGGUCAUAUUCUAGCCAUAGAAAUUAUAGAUAAGGACAUAUAAAUGCAGUAUAAUGUACAUUCUUACAAGUCUUUGACAACAUAAUUGCAUUGAGUGCCACCCUUUUCUCUAUUUUAAUAUGCAGCCUCUAUGAAGGUGUCAUAGUCCUAAAUAUCAAGAUUAGCAUAUGAAAGCUGAGCCCGUGAGUGAGAGAUGGGUAACACGGCUAUUUAUAUGCCUUAUGAAUAGAGGGAAGUUUGGGGAAUAUUAAAGCCUGAACAUCAUCAUUUAUAGGCAGUGAUCAGAAUCUCGGAAAGGUUACAAUAACUCCUUUACUGUUCGCCCUAUACAAAUACCUUUUUCUCCUUGGUACAGUGCCUUCAGAAAGUAUUCAUACCCCUUGACUUAUUCCACUUUGUUGUGUUACAGCCUGAAUUCAAAAUGGAUUCAAUUUUUUUUAAAUCCUCACACAUCUACACACAGUACCCCAUAAUGACAGUGAAAACAUGUUUUUAUACAUUUUAGCAAAUUUCUUUAAAUUAUAUACAAAAAUAUCUCAUUUACAUAAUGCUGCAUUUAGACGAAGGACGCAACAAAUAUCAUACCAGUCGGCAUAGCGGGGCAAGAAAGACUGACGGCAAAAGCAAGCCAGCACAACGGUAUGCGUGCUAUGGUGAUUGCAGUAAACAAACAUCCGGUGCAAAUAAACAGUGCAAAUCUACAUCCGGUAGAAAACAUCGCAACAGCAGACUGCAAAAGUUGAAAUAUUUUAACCGUGGCGGCAGACAGCAUUCACCGCCAGCCUCAACGGCAUUUACUGUCAUGCUCUCAUUGAAAACAAUGACAUCCGGUUUGCUGUCUACCUCGUACCAUCUAAACACAACAUAAGUAUUCACACCCGAGUCAAUACUUUUGUAUACUCAAGGACGUUCACAUUCUUGUUCUGAAGCCAUUUCAGCGUCGUUUUGGUUGUAUGCUUGCGGUCAUUGUCCUGUUGGAAUGUAAAUCUUCGCACCCAGUCUAAGGUCGUUUGCACUCUGAAGCAAGUUCUCAUCAAGGAUUUGCCUGUAUUUGGCUCCCUCUUUCCUUACCAGUUUUCCAGUCCCUACUGCUGAAAAGCAUCCCCAUUCUGCCACCACCGUUUUUCACAGUAGGGAUGGUGUUAGACAGGUGAUGAGCUGUGUCUGGUUUUCUUCAGACAUAGUGCUUUGCAUUCAGAGUUCCAUUUUUUUCUCUUUCACGUGCCUUUUUGCAAACUCCAGGCGUGCGGUCGAGCCUUUUUCUCAGGAGUGACUUCCUUCUGGCCACUCUCCCAUAAAGCCCAGAUUGGUGAAGCGCUGUAGAGGCUGUUGUCCUUCUAGCAGGUUCUCCCAUCUCAGCCAAGGAACUCUGUAGUUCUGUCAGAGUGGUCAUUGGGUUCUUGGUCACCUCCCUGAACAAGGUCCUUCUUGCCCGGUUGCUCAGUUUGGUCAGACAGCAGCCCAAGGCAGAGUCUGGGUAGUUUCAUAUUUUUCAUUUCCCAAUGAUGAGUGGUCUUGGAAACUUUCAACACUAUAUAAAUUGUUUUAUACCCUUCCCCAGAUAUAGGCCUGUGAAAAUUCUAUAUUGGCGAUCUACGGACAGUUCCUUGGACUUCAUGGUAUAGUUUCUGCUCUGACGUGCACUGUCAUAUAGACAGGUGUGUUUCUUUCUAAAUUAUGUCCAAACAAUUGAAUUGGCCACAGGUGGACUCCAAUCAAGUUGUAGUGACAUCUCAAGGAUGAUCAAAGGAAAUUGGAUGCACCUGAGCUCAAUGUGGAGUGUCAUAGCAAAGGGGUGUGAAUACUUAUGUAAAUUAGAUAUUUCUGUAUUGCAUUUUCAAUAAAUUUGCUAACAUUUCUAAAAACAUGUUUUCACUGUCAUUAUGGGGUAUUGUGUGAAAAAUAUUUUAUCCAUUUUCAAUUCAAGCUAUAACACAACAAAAUGUGGAAUAAGUCAAUGGGUAUGAAUACUUUCUGAAGGCACUCAUUGCAAUCAUUUCAGUGGCCAGUCUGGCCACCAAUCUACCUGGUGAUAACAGAUUGUACUGUCCGAUUGCCACAUAGACAAUACCACAAGUCAGUGUGAUUAACUUGCUCCUGUUAGUGGAGGGGAACUGAAGAAUGUGUCACUUGUUGGUUGUUCCAGGCUCUGGCACUCUGUGUGCCAGCUGGCAGUGCCUAGAGGUUCCUCGCGGCCCUCCCCCCAGCCUGGCAGUCCAGUUUGUUGGAUCCGGGGCCUCUCUUUCAGGCAUGGACGUGGAACUGGUGGGCAACCACUACCGUAUGUCCCUGGUAAAGAAGAGAUUUGCCACAGGUAGAGGAACACCAUCUGUUACUAGGCCUGGCCAAUAAGAUACAGUAUGUGGGCCCUGGAGUUUCACAAGGUAGUAUGACGUGUGAAAUCCAUGAAAUGUUCAUAUGUUUGUCUCCUUGGCAGGGAAGUACAUGGCAGGCUGCACCUUGUGAGGAGGAGUAGGAGUGCCCAGGUCACCGUUGGGAGUUACUGGAUUACACAUUGCACUUUUAGCCCUCUGGGCCAUAUCGACCUAUUCCUCCAGGAGGGAGAGGACAGACAGACUGGGAUGGUUUUGACGUUGGGACCACGCACCGUGCUCAGACUCAUUCUCCUGCACUUGACGUGUAUGGUGUCCUGGCCGCUAUGGACCAAACUCAUUUUGGGACCUAGCCUUUAUUUUUUUUGCCGUUCAGCUCUGCGUUGUACACACAAUCCUCGCCAUUUUCCAGGGGAGUGUACCCUUUUCUCUUUGUACAGAAUCUUGUUCUGUUUGCAUUGUGUUCGUGUGCCUUUAUAUCAGGAGUUUGAAAACUGGAUGUAUGAAGUUGGUUUUAUUGAAGAGAUCAAUUGUGUAUGAAUAAAUAAACAUACUUGUCGAAC